AUGGCGGUGAAUGAAGGUGAGCCCUCUGUGAUGUGGUUGUCCGGUCUGCACAUACCGGAGUCCUAUCUCACGGCCUUGGUGCAAGCGACAUGUCGUAAGAACAGCUGGCCACUGGACAAGUCCACUCUGUACACCAGCGUCACACAGUACCAGGCCGCGGAGGACGUCACAGAACGGGCACAUGCUGGUUGUUUCAUGUACGGCCUGUGUCUCAUCCGUCAGAAACCCAAACAGCUCAUUCAAGAACUACCAGUUCUCAAGAUCAUCCCCAUCGAAGCUCAUCGGCUCAAACUCCAGAACACAUUCCGUACGCCUGUGUAUGUGACCUCACAGAGGAGGAACGCCAUGGGUGUCGAGCUGGUCUUCGAGGCCUACCUCGCCACAUCUGAACACACCAGCCACUGGGUGCUGCAAGGAGCUUGUCUCAUUCUCAACACAGAUUAGAUCACAACAUGUUCGUCUUAUAAGACUCCACCGCUUUAAGCUUUCCAUAGAACCUAAAUCCCAAUCAUUAGAACCAAAUAACUGUCAGUUCAGGUGAUUGUAUAGAAGUAUGUUUUUUCAUUCAAACAGAAUGUUUAAUCAAUUUCUUAUUUUGAAAUGAUUCAUGGUCGAUCAUUGUCCAAAAUGGAGAACUUAUUCAAUUAGAAGUUGUCUACAGGGUCAUUUAAAAAGUUUAUGCACAUAAAAUGUCCAAAGCCUGACAGGAGAUUAUUUUCACUGAAGUCAUCAGUAUUAAAUGUUACAUUGUCUAUAAAUAAUGAUAUAAGUAUUCAGUGACUGUUGUUUAUGAUGCUAAUUGGUGUCAUAGUGCUCUUAAAUGUCAAUUUCAUUUGACCUGUUGUUGUGUUCAAUUUUGUACAUAGCUUCAACAGUGAAGCAGUAUUGUAUAUUUCUUGUUAGUGAACUGUUGUGAUAUUUGUAUUGAUAAUGUAAGUUCUAACAAUGUCAUUUAUUGAUGUCACGACGGAGAUAUAUGCAUGAAACUCCAUUCCGAUUAAAUCAUAACAGUAAUUCACAAAAAUCAAAUAUUUCAUCCAGUAUCUACAAAGUGUGCAUAUUUAUUUGUGUACUUUUGUGUGUAGAGCUUUAGCUGUGAUAUGAUAUAUUUAUUUAUAUCCAUUGAAAGUAUUUCUAUCAAAGCAUUCAUUUAUCAUGUUUAUCCUGAACUUGCCAUGCAAUAUGUUGAAACAUUCCGUCCAAAUAUGGUACCAAGAUUAAUGGUAAACACUAUUCUAUGAAAGUUCUAAAAGCGUUUGUAUUAUUGGGUAUGGUUUGGAGAGUUUUUUCCACCCAUCAAAUCAGUAUUUACUGUCUUCAGAUGAUUUCAGUUGGUAUUGUGAUAAUGAACUGUACUUACAUUAAAUGGUCAAUUCCUUUAAUUCAGAAUUAUAAGAACUCACAUUGUGCCAAACAUUUAAGUACAUUUGUCAUGAAGUACACCGUGUGGGAUUUUUUUUAUAUAUUGAAAGGUUUUUUUUUGUUUUUAUUUAUUGAUCUCACACAAAACUAUGUUUUAUUUUGUGUGAAAAAGAAGAAAACCUAAAAAAGAAUGAAUGAAAAUAAAAUAAUAAAAUAUUAUCUGUUUAGUGUUGUGAUAAUCAUUGGGACAUGGGUGGCCCCGCCUACAUUCACUGUGGCUUGUGUGACCCCAGAUUUCUCUGCAUUAUAAGCCUUGGCAAUAUCCGGUCUGUGUUCACUGGCUUCACCAAAGUGGUCAAUGUCUAAGAUCUGUGCCUUUUGAGGACUGACCGCCUCCGUGCAUCUGCCCGAAGAGCUGAAGGUUAGGGGUUCGAUCCCGUCCUUGU